AUGAAUGAACAAAUGAAGAAAGUGGUAAAGACAAGUGGUCAGAAAGGGCCAGGCGGAAGAGCCCUCGACAGAAUGACCCUAAAACAAGACGAGGCGAGGCCAGUCCAGAACACCAGAGUGGACCCUCCCCAUGUAACAUACACCAUCCACGAUGCAGGUGAGAUUAGCCUCGAUACUGAGGAAGAGGACUUCCCUGAUGGAUACCUAGAGUGCAUCAUAAGAGGUGAGUCCUCUGAACCCAUUCUGGAAGAGGACUUACUUUUUAAAUCAUUUGAAAGCCUGGAGGAAGCGGAACAAGACCUUUCUUGCCAGGUUCUGGAAGCGAGCUCCCUUCUCGAGGCUUCUUUGGAGCACAUGACAAAGGGGACAAGACAAGAGAAAAGAGCAGCCACGCAAGAGGCCCCUCAGCAGACUGUUGGAUGUUCUGAGUUUGUGACAAGCAGAAAGCUUCCUGUUGGAAAAACCUCAGAAGUUGAGUUAUCCAGUCGUAAGCAGCUUGCAGGCAUUACUGGAGAGAAGCCAAAGGUCAUUGCAUACUGUGGUGCCUUGUCGAUGCUGGAGUGUCCUCAAGCUAGGUGCAAGAAGAAGCUGAGGGAUAAAACCGCCCUGAGGAAACACAUGCUUGUCCACGGGCCCCGUCAGCAUGUGUGUGCAGAGUGUGGGAAAGCUUUUACUGAGAGCUCGAAACUAAAGCGGCAUUUUCUGGUGUAUACCGGAGAAAGGCCAUUUCAGUGCACCUUCGAAGGCUGUGGCAAGCGCUUCUCACUGGAUUUCAACUUGCGCACACAUGUCCGCAUCCACACGGGUGAGAAGCGCUUUGUGUGUCCUUUUGAUGGCUGCUAG